CUUUUCUGCUCUUUGAUUUUCCGAUUCUUUCAUCUAUAUACGAUAUCAAACAUUGCUAGAAUCACGCAUUCUUAUUCCUUAACAUACUGGAGUUUUGUUAUCGUUGAUUUGUUUGAUUAUUAAUCAAUGUCGUGAAUCAUUAUUUUGUUACCGUUGAUUUGUAUGAUUUUCAGUGUUAAUGGAGGUUUUGUUAAGUUUUACUGUGGUUUCGUUUUUGUAAAGAUUAGAUUAUGGCCUUAUGGGUUUUCAGAACAAGGAAGAAAAUAGAAGAAUGACUCGAAUGAUAGUCCCAAAACAGAGUAAUUUAGGAGUAGUGGGAAAUGCGGUUCUUCAACGUCCUCUCCCCAACCAGAUAGUAUCAUUCAACCCCAAACAAGAAUCAAUCGACACUAUUUUAGAGGGGACCUUCUAUGAGAUUGAUCACGCAAAGCUACCUACUCGAUCCCCUGUCAUGCUCCAUAAUGUUCGAGCUGUUAUGGUAACUGCAAAAUCUGAGCUGAAUGUGACAGUUAGAUAUCCUAGCACUCAAUCUCUGGAGGCGUAUUUUGGCAAUUUAAAUUGUAUGGCUCUUAGACAAGAACUUUACCCUGCAUUGGAUGAAAAAUUUAUCAUGGGACCAAAGUCUGCGCUUGAAGUUCUAAGACGUAAAAUUCCUUCUCGAGAUUUUGAGGAGCUCAGACACUCCAUAGCCUUCUGGUUAGUCAAGUCUUCUAGCAAAUUAAAUCAGCUUACCCUGCCGGGAGAGAGCUAUGGUACCGAGUCCAAGCAAGGGCCAUGCUUUUCUAAGCUUGAAAGCAGCGGAAUUAAAGGAUGGGGUUUAACAAAGAAAGUUGCUUAUCUUCCAAAUUCUGAAGAGCUGAAAGACCAUUCUGCAAUGAACAGUUUGACUUUCGUAGAGAAAAAUGCUUGUGUCAAAACAGAGGAAGACGAUGAAACUAAUGUCCAGAAGGUCAUUCAAUACAGUAGGAAGAGGAAGCGUGGUAGACCUCCACAUUCUGAAAGCAAGAAGAGAAAAGCAAUUUCCAAGUUAGAUGCUAUUGAGGUUAAACCUAAGAUCAUUGCAAACAUAAAAAACGAAUAUGUUGAGAGAUGGACUCUACAAAGAUAUGAGACAGCUGCAACAGAAUUGUUGGAGGUUUUGAAGAAUAAUGGAGCAGUUCAUGGGAAUCCAAUGUCCCGUACAAAGCUAAGGACUGAAGCAAGGAAAAGAAUUGGUGAUACAGGUCUGUUGGACCAUCUGCUCAAGCACCUUGCUGGCAAAGUGGUCCCACGUGAUGGAACUGAUCGUGUUCGUAGGAGGUGUGAUGCUGAUGGUAAGAUGCAGUAUUGGGUUGAAAAUGCUGAUCUUGUUAACAUCAGGAAGAAGGCUGGGGUUGAAGAUCCUUACUGGAUCCCACCUCCCGGGUGGAAGCUAGGAGACAACAUAAACAUUCCUAGUUGCAUGUGUCGUCAAGAAGUAAAGAUGCUUAAGGAGGAACUUAGCAUCUUGAGAAGUCAAUUGGCAGAGCUGAAAUGCAACAAUGUAAAUGAGCUGCCAAUUACUGCGGUGAUGCCAGAUUUUACUGCUACAUCCUCUGGGAGGGUUAGAGAUGGAAACCUUAGCAAAAAGGAAAUCCUUGAGGUACUGAAGAUGAAGAAAUCACGUCUAGAUGAGCAGGAACAUCAACUUUCAAAACUGUUAAUAGAACUAGAGGAAGACAUGAAAAUGCAACCUUACACAGCAGAAGCAGCAGCGAACCAAGAGCUGAAAGAAGCCUUUGAAGAUAUAGCUGGUGGAGAGUUGAGUGAUAGUUAUUAUGGAGAAGAACAAGAGAAGGAAAGCCAAGACAAGAAAGUGAUUGUGAAUCUGAGACCGUGCAGGCAUCAGGAUAACAUCGACAAUACAUCAUUGUGUGAAGCAAUAGAUGAUUCGGUGCAGGAUUUCAUGGCACCAACCUCUGCUUCAGGCUCCCCUCUCUCUACAACCACUUCAUAAUCUGAUUUUAAGCUUGUGUAAAUGAGAUGAAGGCUAGAAAUCCUUCAAAUUUUGGCCACUGUAAAUGUUCCAUAGAAGCUUAGUUUUGACAGGGUCUGGUCUGGUAAGUAAACUAUUGGAGUAUGGAUGAGAACACCUAUGUUUAUGGUGUUGCAAUUUCUGAAUAUUAGUAGGAGUAUAUAUAGUUUAGUAACAACUAAUUCUGCUCAAUCUCACUGAGUUAAAGUUUCCUGUUUUAUAAUCCACUGCAGUAUUCUGUCCUGA